ACAACAUUUGUUUUAGGGGUAUUUCAGACAAGUAGAGCUGUAAAUCCCUAAAAAUGCGAUAUAAUUGUUCAACAACCUAAUUAACCAGUAAAAACAAAUAAAAAUAUUUAAUCUGCGAUUGCAACAGUUAUAUGCGAGGACGGAAGAAUGGUUUAUAUGCAAUUAAUAAUGAGCAUCGGCUGCGUAAUUGCAGCUGCAGCCGCUGCAAUUUAUUUUAGUAUGCCUGCAAUAGCGCCGUCUUAUCAGUCCAACACUGGCAGACGUUCCAAUGACAGCGACGAUAACAACGAUUGUGGAAGACGAAGCAAAAAAUGUAGCAAACCGCAGCGUUUACCGGCCAGCAAACCCGGCGACAAGUGCAUCAUUUGCCUAAAGGAAAUGACAGCCCAGACGAUGCAUAUAAUGAACUGCGGUCAUGCGCUGUGCCAAGCUCCAUGCUUUGCACAAUACCGCGAGUUCAAUCGCUACUGUCUGUAUUGCGAAAAGGUUGUAAUACGCAUCAAUGUGCCCGGCGACGACUGCUGCAUCUGCUGCGAGCCCAUGUCGCUAGAGACCAUUCAGUACUUGCCGUGUGAGCACGCUCUACACAAAAUAUGUCUGGAGUCAUAUAAGAAAGAAAAUUACAAAACUUGUCCCCUUUGCUCAAAGAAACUUUAACGUCCUUAUAGACAAACGGUAAUACAAUGUCAACUAAAGCAAUAUCACGACGCUAAGGCGCACACUUAGCUUUAUAUAUAUAUGCAUAGUUAUUAUGAUAUUAAUAGGUUAAGUGCCUUCUUAUAGUGUUUACAAACUUUAUUGAAAACAUUAAACGCUGUCUAAGUUUCUAAA